UUUUUCUGCAGUUAUAAUAGAAUAGUAAAUAGUUAUGGCCGGGGACACGGGAAGUCCUCAAUGCCAACCUACAGAUUUAAGCAUGAAGUCGAAUCGUGACAACAGCAUACGUGAGUCUGAAAAAUUAAAAGCGUACGAUUACGUCACCGAGAACAUACACAAAUCCCGCUUUAAGUUCAAGACUGAUAUGGCGGCGUAUUACGCAACAUUUGAUAAGCCUUUCGACUUAACAAAUAACAAAUCCGUCAUCACGAAAACACCUACAGCUGAAAUGAACGAUCAAGCUAUUAGAAAUGCAAUUACAGCGAUAACUCAAAGUUUAACCCCGACGAGUGCGUCUUGUUUAACUAAAGAAGGUGGUAUUUCUGGCAGAACACCUUCGGAUGAAGAAGUAUUUGUAUAUUCUGGUAAAAUUAGAACUGCGGGUGUCGUCCGCACUGGCGGUGCGUCAUCCUCUCGAAGCCCAGAUGUCGAAAUCGUGGAAAGAGACCGGGUGUUUCGUCGAACAGUCUUGACGCCAACAACACCAAGCGAUUCUGGAAGUACGUCUUCAAAUUUAGAUGCAACUCGCUGGCGACUACCAACGACUGACCGCCCUCAGUAUUUGGAUUUACGAGACGUUGUCGAAAUCCGGGAGACGUCACCAGAUAGUGGGUUGGGAUCCGCCACGCCAGUUUAUUCAACGGCGGGCUCGACCACGUCACCCGAAACACCUAGCGGUAUACCGAAAAAUGGAAAACGACGUAAAAGAAAACUUGGGCCCGGGAGAGGAUGGAAAUUCCACGAUUUGUCAACCGAUGGCGGAUCUAGUAGAAAACGUACCUAUGCCCAAAACAAGUUGGAAAUCGGAAUACUACAGAGAUUUCAGGAUCAUGUCUGUGUGAAAUCAGUGCCAACACCAGAUGGAAGUAAAGAUAAACUAAUAAUUGUCGAACCAAGUGAAAUAACUGAUAGUGAUUUGGUUCGUUGCGGGACUUCAUUGAGAUUAUUGUUUGACAAAGAUGCAGGAAUAUAUAAGUUACAGCUUUUACCAUACACACUUGAAGAAGGUCCUCUCAGUGACCACGAAAGAGUACUUCAAGCAGUAUCAAAGAUGCUGGGAUUUAACAAUGAAGUUUUAUGUCCAAGCGCCUUCAAUGCAUUAUACAAAGUUGGAAACAACAUUAUUUUUGGGGACAGCAGUGGUGAAAGUGAACAAUAUCCAAGGGAAUUACAAAACCAAGUAGGAAGGACGCUUUCAUUAGGGGCAGCCGAUGCCAAUUCUGUAAAACUUUCCGUUCCAUUGAAUUUAAAGCAACAAGUCGCCAAAUCUCCAGCUCACCAGAGAGACGCGUUGUUAUGGUCAUUGAACAGUGAAUUGACAAGAUAUAACAAAGUGAUCGCGGGUGCAGUUGCUGCAGGAAGAAAAACUUGUUUGAUGUGGCACACACCAAACAGAGGGAAUGUAAGCGGAAGACCUCCCAAAAAAUUUACUCCAGUAACUAAAUGGUGUGUAAAUUGCAGACCGAACCCACCAUCACAAUCUUUGCCAAAGACUACAUGACAAGAGCAGUGCUGGUAGAUGCAAAAUUAUAAAAACCAACGGUACAUUUUACUUUUCCCACAAAUGAGCAUGGCUGAAAUCUAUUUAUCAUGAUUUUCACAUUUCAGUUUUGUAUUAAAAUUUAUUCAAAUAGAGCUGUAGAUUUUUGUUUGUACCACCAAA